UGUAUACAUGCCACAAGUCAAUCCAACUUUGCUUCAUUUAGAAUCACUGCAUGUGCUGUAGCUAUAUUAAUAGCUGCUCUGCAAGAUGAAGUUGAUAUUGUGUUGCUUUCUGACAGUCAUCACUGGUGCUGCAUCACAAUUUAACAGCAUCAACACCAUAUUCGGACCACCUGAUGGACUGGACUAUCUUCUCAAGAAUGGAGUAUACGUUCACUUUAUCAGUACAAGUGGUGUCUAUGGGCAACUGCAGGUAUCACCAGCUGGUUCUGGCCAGUAUGAGAGCGUGUGUGAUGGUGGGUUCGGUCAGACUGAGGCCGAUGUGGUGUGUAAAAGACUGGGCUGGAACAGGUCCACCGGAUACGAGAGUACGGUGUCGGAUAGGAGGACAGAUCUUAUCCAUGGUCUGGCAUGUUCCAUGACAACCCUGAGAUGCAGUCUAACUGUUGGCAACUGUGGAGAGCAUGAGCAGCAGAAUACUGUCGGGUUGUAUUGCAUUGAGAAACUCUCGCUGUUUGAUGUCUAUGCUGCCAUAAUAUCUGCAAGUGUGGUCUCCUUUGUCGUCUUUAUUGUCAUAGUAACGGCUAUCGUUGUUUUGAUUUGCUGUUGCAUGUGUGGAUGUUGUGCUGUAUUAUGUGGCUGCGUUAGAAGAAAAUACGAAGACCGAACUGAAAUCAACAGUGGUGGUGCUCAAAUGACCGUUGUUAAUAGCAACCAGACGGCAUCUGCCCCUGGAAUCAGUUCCCAAUUGUACCCGCCCACUCAACAAUUACAUCCUCCCACUCAGCAGUUGUGCCCGCCCACUCAACCAUGGUAUGCCUACCCUCCUCCAUACGAUGUCGGUGUACAAGCAAUUUUGGAAGCACGGCAACUCGAACAAAAUAAAGUUGAGAAUACAAAUGAAUGUAUCGGCCCUCAGGCACUUCAUCAAGAUCAUGCUAACGAGCAGUCAGUCCAACAGGUUAAUGUGAUGGUUGAGUAUCCAAGCGAAGAGGCUCAGUCUGAGCAGGAGAGUGAUCUAAACUAGUGCAGAGAGUCAGUCCUCCUUUGAACAUGUUAUGGCCCAGAAAAUUGAACAUGUACACUCACCAUUUUGGUUGUUAUGAUUGUGCAAUGUUAAUUAAUGUAUUAAUUUAAUUUACACGUAA